UUUCUCCAAAGAAUUGGCAACAUAAGAACUAACUAAAGGGUGAAGUCCAUCUAAUCUACUGGUGUGUUUCCAACAGAGACCAGGCAGAUGUGUAUAAUAAGCAAGAUACGAAGGUAAUAUUCCUGGGAUAUGGAACCCCAAGGCUAUGUGCGAGUCCCCCCCAGCCAUGCUUCCAAAGACGGCUCAAGCAAGCCCACUGUCCCGCAGAAGAACGCCUACGCCAGGCUUGUGCAGAAGCACCACAGUGGGCGGUUCCGGUCCUACUUGAACCACAUCGCUCAGAAGCUGCAGCUGGAGGAGGCGAGUGCCCUCAAUGACUCGGAUACAGAGCCAUCCUUGAAAAGAGGCCUUGUGCGAGAGGCUCUGUCUAAAAACGGGGUGAAAACCCCCAGUGGCUCCCUCGUCAAAACCCUGCAUCCAGUCCAGCUGGAGUUUGGAAGAGCUGAGCAGCUGAGUGACAGUAGAGAGGCGGCUUCUGCCAAGCGGCAGCAUCACCAAAGCGAUCCCAGUGCUGGCAGAAGUGGUGAUGAUGAAGUAGUGGACGAAGAGGAUGGUGUCUCUGCUCAUCAGCUUGAAGAUCUGUCUGCUGCCUCAAGGGGCAGACAGGUACUGGGGCAAGGGGUAUUGUCCAGGCAAAGUGGAUUUCAGCAGAAAACCACCAGCUCUGGAGAGCGAGACAGAGAGGAGCCGUGGAGAAGCAAAUACAGCAGGGAUGCGCCCGCCACCUUCGACAGAUCCGAUGGCUAUGCACCCACUGGCCACUUCAGCAUGGAUGUGCCCACCACAAAUGCCAGGAAAACCAGCCCCUUUUCACCAAGCCAAGUUCAUGGUACGGACAAGAGAGGCGUGGUGAGGACCAGGAACAAGUCAGAAUCGGGCAGAGCACCCCCAAGCGUUGACAGGAGGCGGCAGCUCUCAGAAUCCCAAGUGGACACCAUGAGUGGCUCUGACUGCCGAAUGACCCAGCAGCAGCCGGGGACUCCCAGAGGAGGUUCCCACACCACUGGCUCAACCCCUGGGGAAAGAAAGAAUCGGAGUAAGCCAACUCGGGGAAGGAAGAAAAUAUUUGAAGCAUACCUGUCACAGGAGGAUGUCUCGGCAGGCCUGAAAAGGAAAACGCUUAUCCAGGGAACCUUGAGAAUAAACCCCAAGAAGUACCACGAGGCCUUCAUUCCAUCUCCGGAUGGCACCCGGGAUAUCUUCAUCGAUGGAGUCGUUGCUCGCAACAGGGCUCUGAAUGGUGACAUUGUGGUCGUAAAGCUGCUUCCAGAAGACCAGUGGAAGGUAAACAAGCCCGAUGGGUCUGAGAAUGAAGUGGAUUCCGCUCCAGAACUAGCUGCCCCUGCGAAGUCUCCAGGCACCUGCACGUCUCUGGAUCCCGGAAAGGGGGAUGCUCGCAGCCCUGACAUGGUUGUAGAGGCUCAGUUUGAUGGCGAUGCUGCUGCGAGGGAGCAGGAGUGUGCAGGAGAGGUCCCGGAUCUCAAGCCGCUCUCUCUGGCAGCUGGCGAAAAGGGGAGCGAUGCAGAGGUUUGCAGCCCUCGCCAUGCGAAGCAGGAAGAGUCCCCCAAGGCCGCCGAUCCAGACCAGUUCCUCCAGAAGACUGCGAAGGUUGUCUACAUCUUGGAGAAGAAGCAUUCCAGGGCCGUGACGGGCUUCAUCCGGCUCUUGACUGACCGCAACAGCGAGCUCUUCAAGAAGUGCGCCAUGUUCUCGCCUGUGGACCACAGAGUGCCUCGUGCCUUGGUGCCCUUGACUGACUGCCCAGCAGGCUUUGCCUCCAGGCCCGAGGACUACGCCAGCGUUCUCUUUAUCUGCCGUAUUGUGGACUGGAGGGAGGACAGCAAUUUUGCUCUUGGGCAGCUGGCCCGAAGCCUUGGACAGGCAGGUGAAAUUGAGCCAGAAACGGAAGGCAUCUUGAUGGAAUAUGGUGUGGAUUGCUCGGCCUUCUCUCCAGAGGUCCUUCAGUGCCUUCCCCAGAACCUCCCCUGGGUUAUCCCCCCAGAAGAAUUUGCCAAGAGACGAGAUUUAAGGGAAGAAUGUAUCUUCACCAUUGAUCCAUCAACCGCCAAGGACCUCGAUGAUGCUUUGUCUUGCAAGCAGCUUCUGGAUGGUAACUUUGAAGUGGGCGUUCACAUCGCAGAUGUGAGCUUUUUUGUGCGGGAAGGAACAGCGCUGGACGAUGUCGCCAGCAAGAGGGCAACCAGUGUCUACCUCGUGCAGAAGGUGAUCCCCAUGCUUCCGGAGCUGCUGUGUGAGGAGUUGUGCAGCCUCAACCCCCUGACUGACAGACUCACCUUUUCAGUCAUCUGGAAGCUGACUCCAGAAGGGAAGAUUCUUGACGAAUGGUUUGGACGGACCGUGAUCCGUUCCUGCGCGAAGCUCAGCUAUGACCAUGCCCAAAGUAUGAUUGAGAACCCUGAGAAAGCGUUUGCAGUGGGGGAGCUCCCCCCGAUCUCCUCCCAACACUCGGUGGAAGAAGUCCGGCAGGCAGUCCUCAACCUUCACCGAAUCGCCAAGCAGUUGCGCAAACAGCGCUUCAUGGACGGUGCGCUCCGCUUGGAUCAGCUGAAGCUCUCGUUUACUUUGGACAAGGAGACCGGGAUGCCGCAGGGCUGUCACAUCUAUCAGUAUCGGGACAGCAACAAACUAGUGGAAGAGUUUAUGCUGCUCGCAAACACGGCCGUCGCCCAUCGGAUCUACCGCUCCUUCCCGACAAAGGCUCUGCUGCGCCGGCAUCCCCCGCCCCAGACCAAGAUGCUCAGCGACCUCAUGGAGUUCUGCAGCCAGAUGGGCCUGGACAUCGACUGCAGCUCCGCUGGCGCGCUACACAAAAGCUUGAACGAAACCUUUGGAGAUGACAAAUACGCUGAAGCCAGGAAGGAGGUGCUGACCAACAUGUUCUCUCGGCCCAUGCAGAUGGCCGUGUACUUCUGUGCCGGGACGCUGGAGGACGAGGCGCUCUUCCACCACUAUGCCCUCAACCUGCCCCUCUACACCCACUUCACGUCGCCCAUCCGCCGCUUCCCGGACGUCCUGGUCCAUCGGAUGCUCUCCGCCUCUCUGGGGUGCGGCUCUGCCCCGCGGAUGGAGGAGGCUGCCAUCCAGAAGCAGGCCGAGCACUGCAACGACCAGAAGAUGGCUUCCAAGCGGGUGCAGGAGCUCAGUGCCAAUCUCUUCUUCUCCGUCUUGGUCAAGGAGUGCGGCCCCCUGGAGUCGGAAGCCAUGGUGAUGGGCGUCCUCAGCGAGGCCUUCGAUGUUCUGGUGCUGCGCUUUGGUGUCCAGAAGCGCAUUUACUGCAACGCCCUGCCGCUGGUAGGAUUCCAGUUCCAGAAGGUGGGCAAGAAGCCGCAGCUCACCCUGAUGUGGGCCCCCGAGGGCCUGGAGGGGGAAGCCGAGCAGCAGGUCAUCUCCAUUUUCACCUUGGUGGAGGUCGUCUUGCAGUCCGACAGCACCCCCCUGAAGUACAGCGCGGUGCUGAAGAGGCCCGGUGGAGGAGAGUGACCGGCCCGGCUCCCCAUCCCGCCUGCACGCGAGGCGUUUCCAAAAGGACUCCGGCCGUGGACCUUCUGCGGUUGCCGUUUUGCAGAUGGGUUUUGUUUUAACUCUGGAUUUUUAAGUGAAACUGGUGGGCAGUUCUCAGCCUGUUCCCAGCAGACGCCAACAGGAACUUGGCAGCCCGAACUGUUUUAGCCCUGGGAUUUUAGGUCUGGUCUUCUCGUAAGCACGGCAGUGUUGUGCCUACCCUGCGUCUGCAGGGAACCCGGCGCCCCAACCCAUCGGCUGGCCUGCAGCGUCCCCUCGCUUGGCUCCCCGAGACGUGUGAGCCUACAACGCCCAUCAUUCCCAACCGGCAUGGGAGCUGCAGUCCAGCAGUUGUGCUCUGGGCUCCGUAUUUCCCCCAGCCUGGUCUGCCAAGGCCAUUCUCGCUGGGGUGUCUUCUGCCGUGUAAUAAAAAUUUGGUCGAUCGUG